UUCCAUUAUCCCGAUCCUUGCUUGUUAUUUCGAUCAUGCUAUUUUCGUCAUGAGAUCAAGUGCAUCCAUCCGCAGAUUCUGCCUGCCAGCCGGCCCCUGCACUUCUGAUGCGUACGUAGGUCUGCGCAGAGCUCAGCGAUGGCCGCCCAUCUCCAUGCCAUCAUGCGCGCCACGCUCAGCUGCCGCCCCCGCGUCGGCACCGGCACCGGCACCGGCACCAACUUCAUCCGGCCGAGGCCCCCUCCUCCCCCUCGCCAUCAUGACCACGCGAGCUUCUUCGGGCCGGCGCGGGGGCUCGCGGCGAGAGCGAGCAAGAAGAAGAAGGACGCUGCUACUUCUAUAGACCUCGGUGGCAACGAUGUGAAGAAGGCCGACGACGCGGCGGCGAAGAUGGUGACGGCGACGAAGAAGGGCGCGGCGGUGCUGGACCCGCAAAUCCCCGACGACAUGAAGGAGUCCUGGCACGUCCUGCAACUGGGUAAUGAGAUCUACGACGCCACCUUGAACCAGACCAACGUCGAGGGCAACAACAACAAGUUCUUCAUCAUCCAGGCCUUAGAAUCUGAUGGUGGUGCAAGCUGGAUGGUCUACUGGAGAUAUGGGAGAGUAGGCCACCGAGGUCGGAGCGAGCUGCGCGGCCCCAUGCCACGGGACCAAGCGGUCGAUCUAUUUGAAUUCAAAUUUAAGGAUAAAACCGGCAAUGAUUGGUCCUGUCGCAAGGAACUCAGCUGCCGCCCAGACUACUACACCUGGCUUGAAAUGGACUAUGGUAAAGGUGACGACGAAACGGGUAAGACUCAGAAGAAAUACUCCGUUGCCGAUCAGAUAAGGGAGACGAAGCUUGAGACUCGAACUGCACGUUUCAUAUCCGUGAUCUGCGAUAUUAGCAUGAUGAAGCAGCAAAUGAUGGAAAUCGGUUAUAAUGCUGAAAAACUUCCUCUUGGAAAGAUAAGCAAAUCUACAAUACGUAAGGGUUAUUCUGUUUUGAAGCGGAUCUCUAGUGCUCUUCCAAAGGCUGACCCGAUACAGCUGGAAGAACUGACUGGGGAAUUCUACACCGUGAUUCCUCACGACUUUGGUUUCAAAAAGAUGCGUAAAUUUAUCAUUGAUACUCCUGAGAAACUGAAAGCUAAGCUGGAAAUGGUUGAAGCCCUUGGUGAGAUUGAGAUUGCAACCAGGCUUCUGGAAGACGAUCAAAGCGAUCGGGACGAUCCUUUGUAUGCUCGAUACAAGCAGCUUCAUUGUGACUUUACACCUCUGGAAGUUGAUUCCGAAGAAUACUCCAUGAUAAAAACAUAUUUAACAAACACACAUGCCAAGAGACAUUCGGGUUAUACGGUCGACAUAGAGCAGAUAUUUAAGGUGACAAGGCAGGGCGAAACAGAGCGAUUUCAGAAGUUCAUCAACGCAGGAAACAGGAUGCUUCUAUGGCAUGGCUCUCGGUUGACAAACUGGACCGGGAUAUUUUCUCGGGGUUUGCGAAUCGCUCCUCCUGAAGCGCCUAGCACCGGCUACAUGUUUGGGAAAGGGGUUUACUUUGCUGACAUGUUCUCCAAGAGUGCAAACUACUGCUAUCCUUCACAAGCAUCUAGAUCUGGAGUGCUGCUUCUAUGCGAGGUUGCGCUAGGCGAGAUGAACGAGCUACUAGAUGGUGAUAUAAAUGCUAAUAACCUGCCCGAGGGUAAACUAAGCAGUAGUAGUUGUUGUAAACAACACAAAGAGUAAAUACUUAUCAUUGCAAAACGGCACGAAGGGGGUUGGGAAGACGGCACCAGACAUGGCGGAAUCGAAGAUCACCGAUGACGGGUUGUUCCGCUCGGGAAACCUAAGAAGGCGUCCCGCGAUAACGGCGUCCUUUACUACAACGAGUGCAUAGUGUACAACUUGGACCAGAUCAGGAUGCGAUAUGUCCUCCACGUUUCCUUCAACUACAAACAGUAGUAGAUGGUCUCAUGCCGAGGGUGAACAAGUGCCAAGAUCCCGGUAUCUCCUUUGCGGAAUCCAAUGUUUGAUGGCACAUUAUUAGCAACAAAUGAAUGUGGAGGAAAGU